CCACCUGAGGGCGCUGUAGUUCAAUGGACAAACUACAAACUACAUUCUUUCGCACACACCCGGUCUGUCAUUUACAUUGAUUUACAACCACAGCUGUCUCCAUUCUCCGUGAUUACCAGGACUAUAUAUUCUGCCAUUCAACCACUGUUUGUCAUCGCGUUGUUUGUCUUUCUUGUACCCAGUAAGUCUGUUUUUCCUAGUUGUUGUUCCUGAUCUUGCCUCGUAUCUUGCUUUAAUCUAGUUCAUGUUUAUCUGUCUUAGUUUCUUGUUUUGUUGUUUAUUUGUUACUUUACACUUUGAUAUUUUGGAUUUUUGUUCACUGUUUUUGCACUUUAAUAUAUUAAAAUCUACACUUGAAUCCGCUAUCUUUUGUUCCCGUUUUUGUUAUGGUUUUGAUCACGCCUAACGUGACAACUAGGGCCUGAAAUGGGUCGUUACUGCUCAUCCUGGCUGUUCAAGUCCAGCCUUCUGUCACAAGACUGACUUGACAAGGAUAGAAUGUAUGAACACACAAUUGAAUUAGAUGCCAGUAUAAAUAUAUAAUAGAUGCCAGUGGCUGGAUGAAGAUGACCGGAGAAUGGAUGUAACAAUACAGGAGGAGACCAGACACAGGGGAGACUACGAUGACCAGACAAGGAACCAGGAGAAGCCACAUUAAAGAGGAGAGAUGCAGACACUGGAGAUCACAUGGGAAAAUGAGAUGAGGAUGCAGAGUACAUGAUUAUGAACUGUCCCUCUGGAGGGCCCAGUGAUAUCAUGGAAUCCAUUACGGCUAAGGCUCCUUUGACAGAGGAAGCUUUCUCACACAUCUCUACCGAACAACUGAAGCCAGGGUCUAUGAGUCCUGAUGUUUUUCCACGCCUCUCGUGUUUGGAGGAUCAGGACUGUUAUGAAGGAGAAGAACCAUUUGUUCCAACCAGUCAAUCUCCAGUGGACUCAGAAAGUAGUCAUUAUGAGUCAUAUGGUGAAGAGGAGGAGGAGUUUGUGAAGGACAGAGCUCAUUAUGUCCAUUGGAGGUUUUCUCAACCCACCAUACGACCCGAUUCAGAGUCACGCAUCUGUGGAUAUCUUUGGAGGAAGAAAUGGUUGGGUCAUUGGUCCCGUCAGCUCUUCAUUAUUAAGCAAAACUCACUACUGUGUUUUAAAUGUGCUAAAGAUCUGCACCCUCUGCUGGACCUAAACCUCAUGGGUUGCAACGUGGUCUACAAAUUCAAACAGAGUAAGAAGAUUCAGCACAAACUGAAAGUGGUGGCUGGUGCUGAAACAGUCAUCUUGGGCUUCCAGAGCAGUAUACAGGCCAAAGAGUGGAGGAAGGUUAUAGAAGAUGUUAGUGGCUCCUCUUAUUAUGAGCCUGGAUCCCAAACCUCCUCAUCAAUCCUGAAGAAUGAGAGACUGGAAUCUUGCAGUUUAAGUACUAUCCUCAAUACAGACUCGGAUGAAGAGAAAAUGUCCAAUCUUCUAUCUGCAGCUGGCUGUGUAGAAGAUAAAGACAAAGACAGAGUGGCCUUUCUAAAAGUGUUGAUGAACUGUCAGUGGCAGAGUUUAUGGUGUUGGGUGAAGGACGGGAAUCUAAAGAUGUAUCGUGAUGAGGCUUCUUUAGAAAUCCCUGAGUACACAGUUCACCUCAGAGGGAGUGAUGUUCGACCUGGCCCUGAUACAGAACAUGCUUACCGCAUUACCAUCACACAGCAUGGAGACCACGUGGUUGUACUAGAGGCAAAUUGUGCGGAUGAUAGAGAUCAGUGGGUUCAGCUCCUGCAGGAUGAGUGUUCUCAUGCAACUUUUUCUCCAUACCAGUGCACCAGCUACGACUCACUUAAUGUACUGAAUUGCCAUUUGCUUCCCAACUCAAACAUGUACAUAGAAGGCCCAUUUCAGCAGCGGGGUGGCAGAAUCCACUUGCAGCCCAUCUAUUCAAACUCAUUCAUACUGGAGGACAUGAUGCAAUCUGGGAGGAAUUGUGAAGGAAACCUUUGAAGAAUAUGUGAAGACAAUACCCAGAUUAAAAAUGAGUAUCAAUUCACCAUUAAAUAAUUUGGGCCAGAAAUUCUCUUUAUCUUUAAAAAGAAGAUCAAAUAAACAUUUCAGUUUAUUGAUUACAUAAAUGUAUUUUGUCAGCACAAGAGACAGCUUUCAAAAACAAUAAAGUAUUUUAAAUUUCAAACA